AUGUGUGGGGGGCCCGCAGGCAUUGCAGAAGAUGGAGCUGUCAAGACGUACAUGCUGGACUAUGACCACGGCUUCACUGCGCCUAUGAUAAGUCGCAAAAGCCGGAUGCCCCACCGGAGUUUGCAUAUCAUUUCCUACGCGGUGGUCGCAACGGUGGUGAUCUUCCUCGUCGUUCAGUGUGCAUUGCAACUAGCAGGCAAAAGAAACUUGAACGGCUGGUCCCAGAGGAGGCUCGCGGAACAAACCGCUCCGUGCAAACCAAAGCCACGUAAAAGUUCGAAGAAAAGAAAGGAAGCUCCAAGGGAGAGGCGGGAAGAUGAAAAAGAAGGUCAAGGGUUGCCAAAGCCGUGGACGCCACCGAAGGCUGCGGAAAGAAAGGGAUCUUCAGCUGAUGAUCGAGAAGAAGGAGCGCAAGGGGCUGGGUACGCAAUGCCCUUUCUAUCAGCAGGCACUGCGGGAGUUGGGGGAUACAUGACAGGGAGUGAAGGAGGAACAAAGCAGAAGCCUGGACACCCAGCCCAUCAACAACUACCUGCUGAGCCAGCAACACCUGACGCAUCACCAGGGUCUCCAGUCGCUUCAGCAGCAGCGGAAUCCGAUGGGAAAGAAACACAGCAUUCACCUACAGAAGAGCCUCGUGGGCAUACGACUCCUGUGGAAACUGAGGCAACUGCAGCAGCUGGUGGUGAACAGGCAGAGCAGGCCCAAGCUCCAGCGCCUGAUGCGCCAAGCGGUGCAACGGGAUCUGCUGUUUCUGCAGGGCGGGAAGAUGAAAAUGAAGACGGUCAAGGGUUGCCAAAGCCUUGGACGCCACCGAAGGAUUCGGAAAGAAAGGGAUCUUCAGCUGCUGAUCGAGAAGAAGCAGCACAAGGGCCUGGGUACUCAAUGCCCUUUCUAUCAGCCGGCACUGCGAGAGUUGGGGGAUACUUGACAGGGAGUGAAGGAGGAACAAAGCAGAAGCCUGGACAGCCGGCCCAUCAACAACUACCUGCCGGUGCGGAGGGUGGUUGGGCAGAUCCAGGGGAAGGUUUGGCAGGAAGCACACAGCAGCUUGUGUUUCCAUUUCUUGAUUUAUCGGCAGUCGGUGCAACGGGCGGGGAGUCUGGGGACCAGCAAGCAGAUGUACCAGAACAGCUUCCCGCGCAGCGAAUGCCUGAUGCGCAGGCGCGCAUCCAGGGGCAAGUUCGGCAGGAAGCACACAGCAGCAUGCGGUUGGAUUGGUUGAUCUAUCAGCAGUUGGUGCAAAGGGUGGGCACUCUGGGAAAUGGCGAGCAGCUGUACGAGAACGGCCUUUCGGGCAGCGAAUGCCUGACGCACAGGCGCCUGAACGCCCUUCAGGGAAUCUCCAUGCAGAGGAACCACGGCAGGAGCCUGGAACAUCCCGAACCCCAACAGUUGCUGAGGACGGUCGAAAAUCUAGAGAAACUAGUGCAACACAUGAAAUGGCAUCCCUUACAGCAGGAACAACCCAAGAAAGAGCUGAACUUCCUCGAAUGCCUGAUGCGCAGGCGCGCGUACGCCCUGCAGGGAGUCUUGAUGCAGAGGAACCAUGGCGGGAGCCUAGAACAUCCCGAGGAAGAACGGAACAGCCUGGACACCCGGCCCAACAAGUAUCUGCCGGUGCGAAGGGUGCUUGGGCAGAUCCAGGGGCAAGUUCGGCAGGAAGCACACAGCAGCAUGCGGUUGGAUUGGUUGAUCUAUCAGCAGUUGGUGCAAAGGGUGGGCACUCUGGGAAAUGGCGAGCAGCUGUACGAGAAUUGCCUUUCGGGCAGCGAAUGCCUGACGCGCAGGCGCCUGAACCUCCUUCAGGGAAUCUCCAUGCAGAGGAACCACGGCAGGAGCGUGCAACAUCCCAAGCCCCAACAGUUGCUGCGGACGGUCGAAAAUCUAGGGAGACUAGUGCAACACAUGAAAUGGCGUCCCUUACAGCAGGAACAACCCAAGAAAGAGCUGAACUUCCUGUACCAAAGACACAAUCUUCUGUCGUAG